AUGGAUGCUGCGGUGCGCAAGCGCAGCAUCGAGCUCUACGCCAUCCUGCUUUCCUUUGUGAGGCAGCGACCGGCGAAGCUUGUGAGAGGGGUGCCCUCGAACAAUGGGUUCGAGGCCUGGAGGGUCCUGAUGGGAGAAAUGCAGCCGGCCACGCGGCAGCAACAGCUGGCUUUGAUGGCACAGCUGGCCGGCAUCCGGUUCGACGCGAACCGCAGCCUGGCCGAGCAGAUCGUGAAGUACGAGGCUGCCCCCACCAACUUGCAGACCCAGCUCCACCUGACGAUGGACGAGAGCACCGACUACAAGGCCAUCCGCGAGAAGCUGUUGGCCUACGAAACGGCCAGCACACGCUGGCAACCUUCUUCCGGCUUCGCCCUCCUGGCCGUGACCGCCCAGGGCACGCUCAACCAAGGCGGCCCCGCCGACAUGGAGAUCGACCGCGUGGAGAAAGGCAAGGGCGGCCACAAGGGAGGCAAGCAAGGAGGCCACAAAGGGAAGAAGGGAGAGAAAGGAAAAGGAAAGGGCAAGGAGAAAGGUGGCAAGGGCAAGAAGGGCGGCAAGGGCGGACCACCGGGCUACACCUGCGGUGGGCGACACUUUGUCCGGGACUGCCCUAAGGGCAAGGGCAGAGGCAAGAACGUGAACCAGGUGAACCAGGAGCAGGCCACAGCAACAGCGCCGCCAGCGAGCAACACCGCCCCGACAAUGCCGGCCCCAACGACAACGAGAACUAAUACAACGAGCCAGCCACCAGCAAAUUCGGUACGGCGAGUGCGGCUGGUGACCCCUCCGGACGCAAACACCAACACCACCUAUGUCUUCGACAUCUCCGACAACGACGUGGUGACGGACUUCUACGACGACUUCCUAAAGGAGCCGGCCGUGCGAGCUGUGAGUGUUCGGUCCCCACCUUCGAGGAACCGAGCAACAACACGACCCCGUGACCAUCGUGCUGGACGCAAGCAUGGUGCCAUGCGUGCAAUGGGGGAUCCGCUGCCUGGCAACGCGGCCCCACCAAGGCUCACCGACGCCCAGGGCAACGACAUCCGGGUCGUGGUCCGCGCGAUCACCGAGGUUCCCCGGAGCCUCCCGCCAAAGCUGCCCAAGGUGACCAUUUCCGUGGAGAUGGCGGCCGCGACCGACUUUCUCGAUCCUUGGUCGUGGCACGACGCGACCCUCUACAAGGCCUGCGUUCGCACAAGAAACCGCGGAGACCGACACAGCCAAGGAGCCAACAGGGACGUGCGACUCCCGAUCUUGCAGGUCGACUUCUACUUUGCCUCGCUGGAGGAAGGCGGCGAGAGGCCGAGCCCCGAGGGCGAGCAGGAGAACUGGAUACUUAUCGGUGUCGACCUGGACACGAAGAUGGUCUUGGCUGUGCCCGGGCCCAACACAGGAACUGUUAUCCUGGCGACUCUCAGAGGAAGUGCUGCCCGCCACCCCGCCGAGAUCACCGACAACACCGGCCACACCGCCAGACCUGCAGUCACCGUCUCAGUCGGCAGCCGGCUGAUCGAGGCGGAGAUUGCGGCCGACGGCCCAGUCGACCGAGGAGAUCGGCUGGAGAAGAUGACCGUUUUGGUCGACCCGGCGGCAUGGGAGGAGGCCGAGCACCUGAGCACCGUGUUCGUCAAAACCUGGAAGUACGACAAGGCCCGCGGCUGGUACGAGCCCGUUUGGUGGCGCGGUAAAACAAGUGGAGCGUGGAGAUGGGACGCGUUUCUCCAGGUGGAGCAGCCUGCUGACGAGCCCGUCCUUGUUACCUCCCCCAGUCCUACACGGCAAAGUUCGGGCAAGCACGGCCAGUGGAAACUGGGCCGGGUGCUGCCAGGACAAAGGAAAGGAUCACAAAAGUGGUUCUACCAGCUGAGCGGCGACGUGGCCGAGGACCUGGAGAGCAUGGAGGAGGCGAAGAUCCAGAAGACCCUGAAGAGCAAGUACCAGGUGAAGGUCAGUGGGCCCUUCCAGUUGCCAGGGGACAUGUAUGAGUUCCUGCGGCGACGCCACCAGUUCGAGGCCGACGGCUCGAUCACGAUAAGGGUGGCCACGCGGUUCUACCAGGACCUCUACGAGCUGGCCGGCCGACCCAAGAAGAGGAGCACACCGGGCGGCCAUACAGUACCUCUAGGCGAAGAGCAGGGCCACCUCAUCAUGGACUUUUCGGACAGCAACUUCGCGAAUGACCGAACUACCCGGCGGAGUCUGUCAUCGGGCCAGAUUUUCAUCGGCCAAGCCCUAACCCUGAGCAGCGGAGAAGCUGAGCUGGUGGAGCUGACGCAAACCACCUCCGAGUGCAUCUUGGUCAAGAAGGUCUGGGAGUUUUUGGUGUCCGACUCUUCGGUGGCACGGGCAAUAGCCUCAAGGCUUGGCGUCGGGAGAGUGAGGCACCUACAGACCUCGUGCUUGUGGAUCCAGCAAUGGGUGGCGCAGCACCUCCUUAAAGUGCUGGCGGUCCCGACGGAGUUCAACCCGGCCGACCUCGGGACGAAGUGCUUCACCGCAAAGCGGCUGCGGCUGUUGUGCUACCUGGUGGGUUUGGUCCACGACAACGGGGAGCACGUGUGCCAGAACGAGUUCCGGUUCGGGCCAGCCGGCCCCAGCGAGCUCUUCGAAGACCUCGCUUCGCUGAUCUACUUGAUGGUCGUGGUCCUGGUGCGCUACUUGUGGUUUGUGGGGUUGCUGGCCCUGGCUUGGUGGAUGGGGCGGCGCUCGACAACCUCAUCCGGGAAUGGCGGCCAGGAGGCGAUCCAGCACGACAGCCAGGUGAUCAUCAACCAGGAAGGCCAGAGCGGGAACACCAACCACAACCACAGCCGGGACGUGGCCGACCGAGCUUAUGGGCACGAGCAGCGGACUUGA